UUACGUGCAGUUUUAUAUCCUGCCAGAUAAUAUUAUUUAGGCAAGUUCUAGAAUAACGGGAAUUUAAGUAGUUCGCGUAUUUAUAAGUGCUAUAUAACUGAGCUCAACUACAAGUCUAAGACACACUUGUUGAGCACGAUGAGUAGUUCAAACUCAAAGCUACAUGCAGCGAUACUCAGCAGUCCAGGAUUGGGCCACAUCAUUCCGGUCCUCGAGCUCGGAAAACGUCUCGUCGCCGCCGACCAAAACAUCGCCGUAACAAUUUUCGCCAUGUCUCCCACGUCACAAGCCGAAUCCCAAACCAUCAAAGCAGCCUCUACCCCGAAACUCAACGUCGUAGAGCUCCCUCCGGUCGACAUCUCUGGCCUCGUCGACCCAAAAGCCGCCGUAGUCACGUGCCUUUCCGUCAUGAUGAGAGAGGUACGACCUGCGUUCCGGUCGGCUCUGCGCGACAUGGCUUCUCCUCCUACCAUGCUCAUCGUGGACCUCUUCAGCACCGAAUCGUUGCCUAUCGGCGACGAGCUAGGGAUUCCCAAGUACGUUUAUGUUGCUUCCAAUGCAUGGUGUCUCGCUCUCAUGAUGUACUCUCCAACCCUAGACAAGGAAGUGGAAGGAGAAUACGUGGACCGAACCGAACCGCUCAAACUUCCUGGUUGUAGGGCACUUCGGCCUGAAGACGUGGUUGACCCGAUGCUGGACCGGACCAAUCAGCAAUAUUCUGAAUACAUACGAUUUUGUGCUGAGAUUCCACUCGGUGAUGGGAUUUUGCUGAAUAUUUGGGAGGAGUUGCAGCCUACAACACUAGCUGCGUUUAGAGAUGAAAAACUAUUGGGUGGAGUGACUAAAAUGGUGCCUGUUUAUCCAAUUGGACCGUUAACUAGAUCGGUCCAAUCGGGUUGUCCGAGGGUUAAUGAGGACUUGUUUGAUUGGCUUGACAAACAACCCAGUGAGUCGGUGAUAUUUGUGUCUUUAGGGAGUGGAGGAACACUGUCUUAUGACCAAAUGACAGAGAUGGCUUGGGGUUUGGAGUUGAGCCAACAACGAUUCAUCUGGGUUGUACGGCCACCCACAACAAAAUCAGAUGCUGCCUUUUUCACUUCAGGAAAUGGUGAUUGUGACCUAUCAACUUUUAUGCCUGAAGGGUUUAUGACCCGGACUCGCGGUGUGGGUUUGGUUGUGCCUCUUUGGGCCCCCCAAGCGGACAUCUUGAGCCAUCCGUCGGUCGGAGGGUUUUUCUCGCAUUGUGGGUGGAAUUCAACGCUAGAGAGUGUGACAAAUGGGGUCCCAAUGAUUGCUUGGCCACUCUACGCGGAACAGAGGAUGAAUGCCACGUUGUUGACUGAGGAGCUUGGGGUGGCGGUCCGGUCAGAGGUGCCACCGUGGAAGAAAGUGGUUGGUAGGGAGGAGAUAGAGAGGAUGGUGAGGAAGAUCAUGGUGGAGAAAGAUGGGUUUGAAAUAAGAGGUAGGGUGAAAGAGCUAAAACAAAGUGGAGAAAAGGCUUUGAGGGAAGGUGGUUCGUCGUACAAUGCCCUGUUUCAGGUGGUAAAUAAAGCAAUGCAAGAUCUGAAGAAAAUGAUGGCUCAAUGAUAAUGCAAAUGAAAAUAUAAAACCGAUGUGUGUGAUGAAAUAAAGCUCGUGCCACUAUACAGCCUCAUGACUUGUAUGUAUUUGUGAACUAUGCUCUUUGUCAAUCACAUAUAUAUGUUGCUUGUACUAGUUCGUGGUUCUGAA